GCACAUUCGGUAAUCUAGCAAGUAUCUAUUUUCGGCCUGAAAUUAUCACCCGGUACGAAUCCCUUCCGAAGCUAUGGAUCAAAACGAAUCUACACUCAGCCCUCGCAUCUUGCCUGGCGCUACUGACGUCCAAGAGAAAUUGCCGAGAGACCCUGAAAAGCUUCUUGCCAACGACAUUGACACUGCCGUACUCAUCACUGAACUAGCGAAUUGUGAAUAUUUGCCCUGGAAACUUGAAUUCUCUAGUGAUGACGAGAAAAAGGCAUUCGAGGAAAACCCCGAGAAUCUACAUCAGAAAGUUUAUGAACAUGGGCCGCCUCCGUUUGAGGAAGGAACAUAUCGUGGGACUCAGCUGGCACUUACCAAGAUCUAUGAUCUUAUAGAAAAACGUUUUACAUCUUUCAUGGAUGUAGCCAAUUUCGAGCCUUUGGUUCCCUCGCCUCUUACCAGGGAUGCGAAGCAGAAAUUUUUUGCCUUCACAAACGGCUCGGACGGUUACCCACCGCAUCUUAACCUUGCUGGUAAUGCGUCAGUAGCCAAGGAUGACAAAAGCAAUCAGAGAUCGACGCUUUCGCCAUCUAAUCUUUUCGAUAAAAUGCGCCUGCUUCAGCUAAGCUCGCUCAUACCUAGUGUUGUGCCAAAUAAGUUCAAAAGAGCUGCUGCCCAAGCAUCCUCAACAGCCUUUUUUGGUCGUAUGGGCAGACCUGAUGCCGGGGAAAAGCUUGAAGAUGUGGAAACGUACAACAAGAAGUCUCGCGCAGCUAAAUACUUCAAAGAUAUAUUUGACCGUUCCAACAUAGGCGAUUUGACAGAUUGGUACAGCGAUGCCCGAUUUGCCCAGCAACAGUUUACAGGGACGAACCCUACAACGAUUGAAUACGCUUCAGAUCGUUGGCUACAGCACUUUCUUCAAGCUGCAGAAGCACCAGAGAAUGAAGUGGCCAAGAGAACCAUCAUUGAUCUCAGUGACAGCUGCCGAAAGUCUUUGUACAUGCAAGAUUACAGCUACUUUCGCGAGGCUGCUGGGCUGGACUCGACUGCCAUCAUCAAAAGUGAGUUUGUCGAUCCAGCGAAGAAGGACAGGGGUAAGAGCUAUCGAUAUGGUUGCGCAUCGGUGUGUCUUUUCUAUCUUGGUGAUAAUGGCCAGCUUUACCCGCUAGCUAUCGUCAUAGACUGGCGGGGCAGUGCGGAGAAAUCUGUGACAAUUUACAACCGGGAAUUGAUCAAGCGGAAGGAUAUCCGGUCAGGAAGCGAGAAGCAGGACCAAAAGGAGAAGAUAAUUGAUGAGGCUGAUGACUGGCCUUGGAGAUAUGCGAAGACCUGCGUGCAAUGUAGCGACUGGCUUCGUCAUGAAGUCACCGUGCACCUUACGAAUACUCAUCUAGUUGAAGAGGCCAUCAUCGUCGCAUCUCAUCGACAGCUCGACCCGAAUCACCCUGUGAUGAACCUGCUGUACCCGCACUGGCAGAAGACCCUGGCACUCAAUGCUGCUGCCCGAAACACUCUCGUUCCACAUGUCAUUCUUGACCUAAUCGGGUUGGAGAAAGAGCAAGCCCAAUCGUUUAUCAAGCACGCUUACAAGAAUUUUGACUUCAAAAACCGCUACGUACCAACCGAUCUCAUCCAUCGUGGGUUCCCUCCAGAGCAACUCAACAGUCCGAAGUUUCACAACUACGCCUACGCCAGAUGUAUUCACAGCAUGUGGGACAAGAUCAGAACUUAUGUGCAAGACAUGCUUGCUAUAGAUUAUCCGGGGGAUAACGCCGACAAGGCUAUCCUGGAUGACGAACGCAUUCAGGCCUGGUCGGCAGAGAUGCGCCAUCCGGAUGGCGCAGAUUUGCCGCUCUUCCCGUCCAUCAGCACGUUUGAAGAGCUGGUUGAUUGUGUGACCAUGUGUAUUCACAUUGCAUCCCCCCAGCAUACGGCUGUCAAUUAUCUACAAAACUACUACCAGUCAUUUGUCGUCAACAAACCACCCUGCCUCUACACUGAGCCUCCAUCUACUCUAAAAGAUCUGCUCGGUUACACCGAGAAAGAGCUUGUCGAGGCGCUCCCUAUGAAUCGCACUCGGGACUGGUUGCUUGCUUCGCACAUACCAUACCUGCUCAGCUUCAAACCAGAAAAUAAAGAAAGCCUGAUUACCUACGCUGCUUCCAAGUUUCAGGUGUAUUAUAACAAGGGCACAGAGAAGGACCAGGCCAUCGCACGGGCAACUGGAGACUUCUAUACUGCGCUGUUUGAUAGUGAACUGGAGUUCAGGGGUUACGAACAAGUGAUGGAUGAUUACGGAACCAUUCCCUACCAGGUGUUGAACCCAGAGUGGAAUGCUGUGUCAAUUUUGAUUUAGCCUGAUUGACUCGACUCGAGUUCAGAAUUAUCAUCUUGGAAGGACGGCAGGAUAGUUAUCCAGGGUGCAGUCGAGGGGACAUGUCAGCAGGCUUGGUACUCAGGAUAGUUGGGUGAUUAUUUUAGGGCCUUGUGCGGCA